AUGCGCUUUUACAAAUUAUUGAUAGGGUCCCUUUUGGGAAUCUCCUAUGCCUCAGCGGCACGUAUAGUUGCAACAGAUGAGGCUCCCUUGAUUGGCCCGUCAUUCAUUUCGAACUUCGAUCCCUCUGGAUCGCUGGCAAUUCGUAACGCUAGAUCGAAGCUUCCCGGGCUCAUUGAUGACCUUUUCGAAACAGAUGUGCUUAAUCGCACGGACUUAGCUUUCUCCAUUGAUAUUUUCUCGGCCGCGACAAACGACAGUCUCUAUAGAUAUACCCACGUUGGAGGGGAUAUGAAGAAGACUUUGACCGCUGGGACUCUCAACGACAAGACUAUCUCCCGCACCGGAAGUGUGACGAAGCUGUUCACUGUCUAUGCAAUCCUUGUCAAGGCUGGCAUUCAAUGUUUUAGCCAUCCUGUCACGAAGUAUCUGCCCGAGCUUGCAGGUAAUUCAUCAAGUGAUCCCCUGGACAGAAUUCGCUGGGAUGAUAUUACUAUCGGAGCCUUGGCAUCUCACCAAGCUGGGUCUGGCGGCAUUGGAGACUUUUUCUUGGAGUACGCAAACCCAGAUGACCCAUUGAACUACAAGCCCGAUGAUUUUCUCAAGUUCAUGCGCAAUGAGAAGCCUCCUGUGAUUUCUCCAUUCCGAAAUGCUAUAUAUUCUGACGCCGGAUUUGCUGUUCUUGGCCAGAUUCUUACACGCAUGACAGGGAAGGAAACUUUCACCGAGGCAAUCCAAGAGACUGUGUUCGAUCCUAUGGGCUUGAGUAGCAUGUCAACGAAGGCACCAAAGGGCUCGGACUUGAAUGUCAUCGAUCGGUCCGGCAUUGAUAAAAACUCAUCGUGGAAUCUCGAUAUUGAGAUAGUUGCUUCAACUGGUGGUAUUUAUGCCAACGGCGCGGAUCUUCGUACUGCAGGCCUUGCCAUUUUGAACUCCGAAUUCUUGUCUGCAGCUACCACCUCAGAAUGGAUGAAGCCUCACAGUGGAACAGGAUCUCUAGUCGAGCUCGUCGGAGCGCCAUGGGAGAUCUCACGUCUUGAAAUCCCCGUCACUCCAGGAUCAAACCGCACUCGAAUUUCAGAUUUAUACACCAAGGCCGGUGGUAACGGGGAUUACACAUGCAUUUUUGCCCUUUCACCUGACCAAGGUAUCGGUUAUUCAAUUCUAGUCGGCGGCUCAACCGCAUCAUCAGCUCGCUGGCCUCUACGCGACCUGAUAGGUGAGAUAUUCGUUCCAGCCGCCGAGCAUGCAGCAGCAGAAAAUACCAAGCGCAACCUUGCUGGAACAUUCGUGGAUGAUACCGCACCUGGAACAAACCUCACUUUGACCGUUGAAAAGGGACGUCCUGGCUUAGGAGUGAAAACUUUCUGGGUCAAAGGCGUUAAUGGUGUUGAUAGUACACAUGUACGUGUGUAUCCGACUGGUCUCAACUCCUUCUCGAGGUCGCUGUCAUCUCUGUAUAAGACCAAGGGCUCAAUGCGCGUAGCGCAUCGCAUGGUUGUGCAGGCAAAUGAAUUAAACCCUCGCGCGGCUGUUGAGGGUGGAAAGGGAGGAUUGUUUGACAAUUCAUUUGCGUGGAUGGAUAUUGAUUUUGCCGGACCGUCUGAUGAGUUCAUCUUCAACUUGGUUGAUGGAAGGCUCGCCAGCGUUGAAAUUCCACUUUCGGGCUUGGUUCUGGAGAGAGUGAACUAA